AGAAAACAAAAAUGGCAAAUUCGAGCAAAGAACUCUAUUAUGUAUUUUUGAAAAGAGAUUCUGAGUACGAGCGUCUUAAAGAAAUCCGGACAAAGAAAGGAGAAGAAGAGUUGGAUAGGUACCUAGAAAGGAGACACGAGGAGAUUCUUGGAAGUAAUCUUGAGCCUGGCUCUUACAAGAGGACUGUGUCUCUUGUUGUUGUUCACGGUUUUGGUGUUGAGAUGACCAAGCAUCAGGCCGAAGUGCUAAGAUCAGCCGAUGGGGUGUAUACAGUAGAAAAGAACGAAGAAAUUUAAUUUGUGUCGAGUUAGAAAAGAAGAAAAGAGAAGGAAAUAAGCAACAUUAUAUAUUUUUUAUGUUUUUUAACUUAAUAUGCAACAUUAUAUUGAGACUUUGAAUCAUUAUAAUCGAUGGGUGAGAAAAGGUUAUAUAAUUGUAUUAAUCGAUGCAAAUGAAAUGUCAGUCCCAAAUGUUUG